AUGGCAACCUAUCUCGUAACCGGAAGCUCCCGAGGACUGGGAUUGGCCUUGGUGAAAGAACUAGUAUCUCGAGACACCGCUGAAGUCAGCCUUGUGAUCGUUAAAAGGGAAGCCGGCGGUGUUGUUUUCAUCUCCCUAGACGUCUCCAACGAGUCUAGCAUUUCAAGCUGCGCUGAGACGGCGAGCUCUGUCGUGGGUCAAAAAGGAGUGGAUGGUCUCAUCAAUUGCGCCGGAGUUCAUUCAGAGACUCAUGGAGAACGUGUACUCAUGUCCGAUCUCGAUUACCAGCUUAGCGUAAACUUUGUUGGAGCACAUAACAUGACGCGCGCCUUUCUCCCUCUGUUAAGAAAGGGAGCGUUGAAGAAAGUCGCCAAAAUCUCGAGCGUUUAUGCUUCUAUGACCAAAGCUGAGCUUUCUUCCUUUGCUCCCUGCCCGGCGUAUAAGAUUAGCAAGGCAGCCCUGAAUGCGCUAACGGUGCAAUAUGCUAUGUCGUAUAAGAAUGAAGGAUACGUUUCCUUGGCCUGGCUACGAACGGAUAUGGGUGGUGGCGAUGCGCACCUUACUGCUGUACAGGAAGCACAAGCAGUUUUGAAAGUGGUUGAAAAGGCUGAGAAGGACUCGAACGGGUGUUCUAAGAACAUUGAUAUUCCUGGCUGGGAUAUUUAUGAUAGGAAAGAUAUUGCCUGGUAG